AUGGCAGGGCGGAACUUGCCGCUUGAAGCUCCGUUGCGGCCGCGAUACGUUGGUGCAGCCGACGUUGCGGAGUGGAAAGUCAUGGUCGUCUUUGCACUGAUCGUCAUUAACAAGGCCGGUGGUCUCAUUUACCACCGCGAAUUCCACGAGGGCUUGAACAAGCUCAGCGUUAACGACUAUCUGGUCCUUGCUGGCACGUUUCAUGGAGUGCAUGCCAUCACAAAGAACCUCUGUCCACUACCUCGAACCCCUGGACAGCCGCCGACAGGAAUCGAAGUCCUUGAGAGUGAAAGCUUUAGGCUGCAAUGCUUCCAGACCUUGACCGGCACCAAGUUUCUCCUAUUUACAGAACCGCACCAGCCGAAUAUCGAUGGUAUUAUUCGGAAAGUGUACGAGCUCUAUUCGGACUAUGUCAUGAAGAACCCCUUCUAUCAGAUUGAAAUGCCGAUACGGUGUGACGCGUUUGACAGGCAUUUGGCAAGUUACAUCAAGCCCCGGCAAUAA